AUGGCCAUCGCCGACGAUCGUCCGCCCCCGGCGGCGAGCACCUCGGACAGCAACGACACCACCAUGAAGCCGGGCAACGACAUUGAGGCCAAAGACGUGCUGAGCGACGCCACGGACGCCCCGGCCGCGGACGCGCCCGACACGCCCAGGGCGCCGUCGCUCCAGCGCGGCCCCCGCUUCUGGGCCAUCAUCGCCACCCUCUGCGUCAUCGGCCUGCUGUCGUCGCUCGAAAACACCGUCGUCACCACGUCCCUGCCCGCCAUCGCCGCCCUGCUGGACCUCGGCGAGAACUACAUCUGGGUCACCAACGUCUUCUUUCUGACCUCGGCCGCCGUGCAGCCGCUGUUCGGCCAGCUGGCCAACCUGUUUGGCCGCCGCUGGGUGACGCUGGCCAUCAUUGCGCUGUUUGCGCUCGGCAGCGGCCUGGCCGGCGGCGCGCGCAACGCGGCGACGCUCAUUGCCGGCCGCGCCGUGCAGGGCAUGGGCAGCGGCGGCAUCAACAUGAUUUAG